AUGUCUUCAUCAGUACCAUAUGAUCCAUACAUCCCAAACCAGACUACGGGAGAGCAGUCCAAUUCAAGGACAGCUGCCAUCCAAGCACAAAUCGAUGAUACUGUGGGCAUCAUGAGAGAUAACAUAAACAAAGUCGCUGAAAGAGGUGAGAGGUUGGACUCAAUAGAGAACAAAACCGAUAAUUUGGCUAUUAGUGCUCAAGGUUUUAGAAGAGGAGCAAACAGAGUUAGAAAGGAUAUGUGGUGGAAAGACUUCAAAAUGAGAAUGUGUCUAAUCUUUGCCGUUAUCAUUGUGAUCAUUGUGAUUGUUGUUCCUAUUGCUGUUCAUUUCAGUUAG